UUUUUUGAGACAGGGUUUCUCUGUGUAGCCCUGGCUGGCCUAGAACUCCUUUUUAGAUCAGGCUAGUCUUGAACUUAAAAGGUUCACCUGCCUCUGUCUCCUGAGUGCUGGGAUUAAAAAAGUAUACACCAUUGCUGCCUGAUUUUGGUUUGAUUUUAAGAAGUAGGUUAAAGUUUAUUUAUAUUUUAUGUAUGAGAGCUCUGCAUGUAUAACUGCAGGCCAGAAGAGGGCAUCAGAUCCUAUUAUAGAUGGUUGUGAACAACCAUGUGGUUGCUGGGAAUUGAACUCUGGACCCCUGGAAGAGCAGUUAGUACUAUGAACCGCUGAGCCAUCUCUCCAGCCUCUAAACCAAGUCUUUUAAAGUCAGGUUUUAGUAGCUCUGAAAUCUGAUUUGCUCUUUCUCACUAGUAGAGCAACUUUAUGCUGGUGAGCCUAAUGAGCCAAAUUUUGAUGUGUAUAAUUGUUUCCAAAACGUAGGAUAUAUUGGAUUUAUUUACAGUCUGCAGACAUAUAUAUAUAUAUGGGUAUGGAUGUGUUGAAUGUGUGUAAAGGUCAGAGGACAACUUGUGAAAGUCAGCAUUUUCCAGUAGGAUCAAAUAUUCAGGCUUGGCAGGAAGCACCUUUUAUUUAUUCAGCCAUCUUCCAGCCCCUUUCUGCUUUAUCCCCCACCAGCCCAUUUUGAGACAGGUCUCCCUAUAAACAGCUUAUAAAUCCUACUAUAGUUAUCUUCCAGAUAAACUCUUCUAGAAAAACUGAAAGUUAAGAAGGGUCUUGUCCAACCAACAUUAUUAUAAUUGGUCCUUUUUAAAAAAAAAAUUCUUUGGAGACCUAGCGACGGGCGGAGGGCUGCGACAAUGGGGCGGGCAUGUUGCAGUCAGGGAUACACGAUCUGGGCGGCAGAGUCAGUUCGGUGCUCCGUGCAGUGCUCCGCGAAGCGGCUAACAGGACGUGUGAGGCCGGCAGAGCAAGCCGGGAAGCAGCAGGGUGGAAACGUAGCAGGGCCCGCAGCUUCAGCAGCCGCGGUGGCUAUGGCUCCGAUCAAGGUGGGAGAUGCCAUCCCCUCCGUGGAGGUAUUUGACGGGGAACCUGGGAAGAAGGUGAACCUGGCAGAGCUGUUGAAGGGCAAGAAAGGUGUGCUGUUUGGAGUUCCUGGGGCGUUCACCCCUGGCUGUUCUAAGACCCACCUGCCUGGGUUUGUGGAGCAAGCUGAGGCUCUGAAGGCCAAGGGAGUGCAGGUGUUGGCAAGUCUGACUGUUAAUGACGUCUUUGUGACAGAAGAGUGGGGUCGAGCCCACCAGGCGAAAGGCAAGGCUCGGCUCCUGGAUGACCCAACUGGGGCCUUUGGGAAGGAGACAGAUUUAUUACUGGGCGAUUCUUUGGUGUCUCUCUUUGGGAACCGCCGGCUGAAGAGGUUCUCCAUGGUGGUAGACAAUGGCGUAGUGAAGGCGCUGAAUGUGGAGCCGGAUGGCACAGGCCUCACCUGCAGCCUGGCCUCCAGCGUCCUCUCCCAGCUCUGAGACCCGGCCAGAUGGAGGUCCUCUGUUGCUCCAUCUUCCCUGCCCAGCUUUGGGCCAAGAGGUCCAGCCCCUCCUCACCUGGGGCCCCUUAAAUGGAACCUUGACCAUAUUUCUGCAAUAAACAGUCUGAUUUUUGUCUUUGCCUUUGGCAUGGAAAAAAAAAUCUUUGAGAAUAGUAUACAGAAAUAGGGGAGACUGUCAUCAAAUCAGAUGGAAAGAUGGUUAGAAGUCACAGUAACUCCUCAAUAAAUGGACUGUUCUAUCACUCAACAACUGUAAUAUGAAAGAAUGUUGAGUUUGAGUUGUUUUAACUACCAUCUAUUUACGGUCCAUUUUUUUUUUUUUAAAUCUUUUAAGAAUAAUUUAUUUAGGGCUGGAGAGAUGGCUCAGUG